AUGUAUCCCCUCCGUUCUAACUGCAACAUGAUUGUAGACGACGACGACGAGUUCCUCUACGGAAACUCCGCGGAUAUCCCAGAGGUGAAAACGCCGGUGGCGACUUCUGUCCCGCAACCAAUAUCCCUUGAAGAGACACGCUCGACGGCCCAAGGCCUCGUCGCGACGUUGGAAGAGAAGGCUGCUAGCUCAUCUAAUGGCACACCAGAGGUCGCUGCGAACGCAAAUGGCGAAGACGCCGAGGGUGAGGCUGAAGGCGGAGGGGAGGUUGAGGGCGAGGCUGAGGAGGAAGAAGAGAGUGAUGAUGAUAUUGAGAUCAUCAUGGACCAGCCGUCGCGCUCCCUUGAUCUUCGGCAACAACAUCGUCCAGGAAACCGCCCCACGAACGCUCCUCAAGGUACUCCUACACGAGGACCGCAACAGCCACAGCUGUCGCUCACGACAGAAUACACUCCUCGUGAACGAGGGGGCGUAACCAAGAUCUCGUCUACACCACAACCCACAGGAACUACGCCUGUGCUGGGGGAUAUUGGGGAAACACCAAGCGCCGUGCAGAAGACGCCCGAAGGCACGCAGCAAGCCGAGUCAGGACCUGACACCUCUACGCUGCCGGUGGCUAAAGCGCCACCUUCGCAUCCUUCCAUAAACCCUGAGUUACCCGGUACUCUCGAUGGGCGUUCCAUACUCGAGGUGGACUUGAGCGCAUUGGCUGAUAAGCCCUGGCGGCGACCCGGCUCUGACAUCAGCGACUGGUUCAACUAUGGAUUCGACGAGAUCUCGUGGGAGGCUUAUUGCUACCGCAGGCGAGAGAUAGGAGAUGUUGCAAGCGUAUUGAAGAACAACAUGCUCAGCUUUUCUGGCAUGGCCGAGGAUCAACUCACCGCGCUCCCGCCAGAGAUCCGCACGAUGGUGAUGGCGGGCGCGAUGAUGGCCGGGGGCGGCGCACCCGGCGGUGGGGGAAUGAUGGCGCCGGGCGGGGGCAUGAACAUGAAUGGGGGCGCGAUGAUGAACCAGAUGAUGAACAUGGGAGGGAUGAUGAAUCCCAUGAUGCACGAGAUGGGCGGCGUCGUGGGCCCCGGGAUGGGCAUGAACGGCGACAUGGGUAUGGGCAUGGGCGGCCCCGGCAUGCAGAUGGGCGGGGGCCAGGGCAUGCCUGCUCAGGGAAUGGGCGGCGGGCCGGGUGGAGGCAUGAUGCAGGACGGCACAAGCCAGGGCGGGAUGGGCGGGGGCCAGAGUGGAGGGCAGGGCACGCCCGAGCAGCAGAUGGCGAUGGGCGAUGGGUUCGGCCCUGGAGUGUCCGGUGCUGGGCAGGGCAUGAUCGGGAUCGGGAUGGGCGGGGAGUAUACUAUGCAGGACCAGAAUGCUAUGGGCCAGCAGAUGGGUCAACAGAUGGGCCAACAAAUGGGGCAGCAGAUGGGACAGCAGAUGUAUCCCGGCAUGGAGGGUAGUGCUACGCCCGUCCCAGCUGCGCCGACACCUACCCGCGGCGUUAAUGCGCCUGCGCCUGGCCAGUUCAGAGGACGAGCGAUGCAAGCAGGAUUGGGCGGCAUGCGUGGACGCGGAGGAUUUGCCGCCCGUGGUCGAGCAGUGCCCGUUCGACCAGCGUCUCCGCUCCCGCCCAACGUGCCCACUGGCCCGCGGAACAAGAACAAAUACAAGGACAUUGACGGCAGCGCGCCCGCGGUAGACGGGCUGGAUUACGGAGGGGGAGCGGGAGGCAUGAAGGAAGCAACCAGAGGCACGCCAGACCAGGAUGAGAGGAGUAGCAGCAGGAAGCGGAGAAGCUCGCCUGGAUUGGAUGAGGGACGAGGGUCAAAACGGCGAUAG